UCGAACAGCCACACACACAAACCGCCGUUCAACAUUAAACACAACAAAGAGGAAACACCCACACUUUUUUUUAAAGCACAAACGCCUCGACGCCGCACCAGUGAGCAAUUACGUCGCUAUGUGAGAACAUGGCGGAGGAAGACCCAAUUGAACAACGUUCGGAAACAGAGUCCUUCAUCAACCGCUGGAUUGUAGAUUAUUAUAUAUCGUUAGCGUUAGAGUUAUUUCAAAAAGACCAAUACGAAGACUUUUGUGAAGUGAGAGAUGUUAUCAGCAGUAUCAUUGUCCGUCCUGUGGCAAAAAAUGAUGUGAUGCCGAGAAAGCUUCUGGUAAUGCAGUUACUCUCCAGGGUAAACGAGGGCGAAAAACUUGAUAUGACAUUUGAGAAAGACAAUGACGGAAUAUCCCCCUUGGAAUCAGCCCUUAUGCAGCUGGAAAGUUUGAGUCAGGAAAUUGACGUUCAAAAAGAGGACUUAAAAAAUGUUUGCACCUUAGUGAAGGAGAUGAUUGUGAAGCUUUUUAUUAAGAACAAAGAUUUUAUCAAAGCUAAAGAGGCGAUCUGCCAUUUCCCCAAAUCAAUGGUUGCCAAGAAAAAGAUUUUCAUGGAUCUCAUCAGUAAGAAGAGCAACAAGCAUAAAGUCAUUGAGGAACUUGACUUCAAACAGUUAAAGGUCGAGAUCUCAGCUUUUUGCCUGAAAUUCUGCUCAUUCUCUGUUCCCUUUCUUCACAAGGCUGCAAAGCAGCUCAUCGAUCAACUCAACAAGCAAAACGCUGAGACCACCACAACCGAUGAGUCAGAUGAAUGUGGCCCCUCCAAUCGGCCAAGUGCACAAGUAAACAUCCAGCUACGGAUAUGUGAACAUUCAAUUAUCACGAAGGAGAGACUGGAGUCAGCCUACCAGGCUUUGGAAGCAGGUCUGGUGUUACCAUUUUCUCACCUGGAGGAAGAAGUUGAAAAUGAAACGGCUAUCGCCAUCCCAGCUCCUGAAAUAGAGGACACAAAUAAAAACUCGGAGAACGAAGAUAGUUUCCAAAAAAACUCUUGCAGGCCUCUUGAGGUCACCCCUCCCACUCAAACAGAUGCCCCUCCUCAAUCCAAGACUGGUUCACCGCAUAACACCACCAGGAAAGAGACGAGGGCCUCUGUGUUGAAAUGGCAGCAUCACAACAUAGCGAAGAUGGUGAUGCAGCCGGACAGUCAGCCAAGCUUGUUGUAUGCUACCCCUCAGGAGCAGGAGGCUGCAGUGAGAGUGCAGGAGCCGGCGGAGUCGCAAACUGUAGCCUGUCAAAUCCCUCAAACUGACACAGAGGUUGUCCCGCUGAUGAGACCUCAAUUACCCACACAUACAAAGAGCAGAUCGUCCUCUAAUGAUGAUGAGGCAUCUCCACAAUGUGAAGAACAAUCUUCUAGCUCAGCAGGAAGCAAACGAGUCUCUCUGAAAACAUGUAACGAAGCUUUGCCAAAUGGAUCUUCCGCUGAUGAUGAGACAUCUCCUCAAUGUGAGGAACAAUCCUCUAGCUUAGCAGGAAGCAUGGAAGUCUCUCGAAGAACAUGUAACCAGGCUUUGCCAAAUGGAAAGAGCACUGAAUCAGAAGAGUUAUCAUCAAUCACUGUCCAUGUGGCGCAGGAUUCUACAGUAAACAAUGAAACUCCUGUGGAAAAACAGAGCAGCGAUUCUCUGAGCAAGUUUAUGGGAAAUACAAAUGAAGUCAUAAUCACUGAUUCCUCACUGGACUGUUCGCCUUCUUUGAUUCAUCAAUGCCGCUCCCCUCAAAAAUGUUCCACUCCUAAUAAGGACACCUCCCGCACGAAAUGGAAGAAUAUGUUAAGCAACGCCAAGGAGACCAAGGUCAAUUGGACUGAAGAAGAGGAGCUUUUCAAUGUGUCAUUUAACAAGAGCUCCUCUUCGAGGAAGAGGAAGUGGACAGAAGAGGAAAGCCAGAAGCUGAGGAAUGGAGUCAAAAAAUUCGGAGAGGGCAACUGGAGCAAGAUUAAGGCUUAUUACUCUUUCCGCGAAAGGACAAAUGUCCAUCUAAAAGACCGUUGGAGGACGAUGAAAAAAUUAAAUUUAAUUUGACUGAGUUGUUUAAAAAGGACCUGUCCUCAAAAGGACCAUCUGUUUUCACUUUCUAAUUUGGUAGUCGUAUACAUUGUUCAAUAAAUAUUUGGAUGCAGGA